AAUGAGAGAGGGAGAGAGAGAGAGAGAGAAAAAUUCAACACCCUACGCUGCCGGGGGUGCUGGGUCUUCCUCGCAUUAGCUCCGACAUUAGCUUUGCGCGGUGAGAGUUUUGACGUGGAUUGUGCUUUUUCCAUUGGAGGAAAAACCAAAGGAGGAUAGUUUGAAACAAGGUAGAAAAAUGUGAGCUAAUUUGUUUUUGCAGGCGUCCACAUUGCUCUCCAAGCACUCAGUGGCACACGGUAGUUCUCUGUGACCAAUGAACUAGUGGAAUAAAAAUCACACAACUAUGCAGUUGGCAAAGAAGCGAAUCGGUGAAAAAAGAAGUGUGCGAUGGGCCCCCGUGUUCCGUUUGUGAGUACAGCAGUCAAAGUGCUAUGCUAAGCAGAGCAUCGCGAUAAGCCUCGUUUGUCGUUUAGUUAACGGAAAUAUAUUAUGCGUUCUGAAAUCCCCCUGCAUGAGUAGUGCAUAUCAUCGUACAUGCUCAGACAUGAAGAUGCUAUUACUGACAAUAAAAGAGUGAUAAUGUUGCUAAAAAAUAUAGCUUAAGCCGACAGCAUUUCUUGUCUGCCAGAACAGACUUCAUCCGUCGUGCUUCAAAUGACCACGUGUAUUCUUACAUCGUCGUCUUCAGAGCCAAUUUCUUAUCGCAAAUGCGUUGCGUAGCAACACUUCUAUCUACCCUAAAAUCUAGAUGAACAAUCACUUAGAAGAAAAAAUAAUCAUUCAGAACAUAAAAAAAUAUCACACCAUUGAGGGCUACUUAUGACGUUAUAAUUAGUAGCCCUCAACCUUGCGCGAUUGCCUUUUUAUACUCCUUAUACUAAGAAUUAAAAAAAAAUGUUUAAGGCGUUCUCAAGACUGUCCAGUGUUCGAAUAAAACAAUGUAGUUUUCGUGACACGCAAGCUUAUGUGUCGUAGUUUGUCUAACCACUGAAAACCGUAAAAGGUAAUAUGAAUUAUUUGUGAUAGCAAAAUUGGCAGCAUCGCAACCCAACACUUAGCAAAACUCUUGAGUGGCAACUAGCACCAGAUUUCUUCCGCGAAUUCCUUUGAACACUAGACAAUCCUUGCAAGGCCAAAAAAAAAAAAAAAGGGAGAGGGGGAGGCCUCCUAAUCGCCAUCCACUCGAACUGCGUCUGUAGAUUAAAUGUAGUGACGUCUUGCAGCCACGGUGCACAGAAAGUGCCGCUAUUUUCCACGUCUAAUAAAUACCCUCGUCGAAUGCAAAGUACGAGGAAAUAAACAAUGCGUGGCCUCGAUAACCUUGCAGGAACAUGCGUUAUAAACAAAAAAAAAAAGAGAAAGAAAAGGCCGCGAUGAUUUGCGUGUCACUGUUUUACUAUUAAACACGGAUCAACAACGCUCAAUCGUGCUAUGUGUUUUAUUCAUACAACAUCCUCCUUUUCCUCUUGUUCUUUUUUUUUCGGCAGAGGAAGGAGAAGGCCCACUGGCGCAGCUCCCGCAGGAGACACCACGCCGAGAUUCUCGCGGUAGAGAACGUCCUCCGCAUCGAAUCGGUGAGCUACUGUCGGCAGCACAGGCAAGGAGUGGUCCAAAAGCAGACAUUGAUGGCCCUGCUUGCAGCGCUUCAGUAUCCAUACGACAAGAAAAUAUACCUGGACAUCGACAUCAUCAGCUCACUUGUCGAUGUUCCACAAUGGAUUCUUUGGGUGAAGGACCGGCUGGGCGAACCGCUGCACGAGGAGACCGAGCUGGACGACGAGUCGGUGUCGCUGUCCGAGAAGGUGGCCAAGCCGCUCAACGAGCGCCUCAUGGACCUGUUCGAGCACGAGUGCUACGAGGUGAUCAUCACCAACACCACGCUGGCCUUCGUGCUGCUCCUGGUGGGUCUGCUGCGCGCCGCCAUCUACAGCAACGAGCGGUACUUCACGAUCGUCAUGCUUGUGGAGUUUCUGUACCAGACGGCGUUCUUCGUCGAGGUCGCCACCAUGCUGUCGGCGUACGGCCAGAAGGUCGUCAACUUGGAUAACUACAACAAGCUGGACCUGAUUCUAAUGGCGUCGUGCAUGGCGGUGCUCUUUGUGCAUGUGCUCGUGCAUGUGGUCGGUCUGGGCGUGAGGCACGAGCAGAUGCUCUGCAUCCUCUUCAUCGUGGUCAUCUCCGCCCGCUUCACGCACGCCAUCAAAUACGUCGAGCUGCUUCUGGUCCAGUGUGCGGAGCUGAUCCACAGGGCGCUGGACACUGUCAUCUACUCGGCGUACGAAGCGGGCCACGCCAUCGUCAUCGGCGAAGAGGAGGUCCAGAGGAACGUCUGGAAGUUCGUCGAGUCGGCCGACAUUGCCAUGGAGAUCCGCGGCCGCGCCACUCUCAACCGGCUGCUCGUCCUCCAGAAGCUCGCGGAGGUGCAGUCUCGCUUCCCGGGAAUAAUGGUUUCGUUCCGGAGCCGCCAGGCCAGCGCCACCAUCCUGAACGACCUGACCAAGCAGAUCAACGAGAUGCAGCGCGACGGCGUUGUCGAUUCCGAAGACUACAAGUGGCUGCGCUUGGCUGUCAAGGACCGGCGCAUGUACAUCCUGUCCGAGGCAUGUAGCUUGCCCACCAGCUACAAACCGAUCGCCAUGCUCCGGGUCAUUCCGUGGAUCAACUCGGACAGCAUUCGGCAAUUUCUAGCCAUCAAGAUCAAACCGGUGUCCUUUGCUCCAACCGAAGUCAUCGUGGAGAGGAAGGAAGAGAAUGACAUCAUACUGACCUAUUCAGGCAUAUUGAAGAUAGAGGGCGAGUACGAGGAGGUUGGCGACGGGGCGCUGCCCAACUCGGCGUCGACGCUGUUCUUCUUCAACGAGGGCUACUUCGUCGACUACGUGCCCGCGCCCGCGUGCAUCGGCGACCUCGGCCUCGUCACCGAAGAGCCCUCGAUCACGCGAGUCAUUGCCGAGACCCAGGUCAACGCCUAUAUGAUACCAAGAGAGCGAGUGAUGGAAGCUAUAGGAAUCUUCACAAACGCGCCGAGUUUUCUUUACGACAUCUGGGCGUACAUUGCGAGAAAUAUAGGACUCUUGGUUCUUCAAACGCAUCCCAAGUACCAGACAUGGCCGCUUGAGAAGAUCCAGCGCCGCUUGGACUCGUUCCUGAUGCCCAACCUGGAGAUAGCGACCAAGUUCAUACUGACGCCCGACAUCCACGACGCCAUUCUGAUCCAGGGCGUCGCUAUCGAUAGCGAGACGCAGGAGUACCUGGUCGGACCCAUGUACGUGCCUCGCACCACUCGCAGGCUCAGCUUCCCUGGAAUCUUUCACCAGCGGGUGAGGCCAGUGGUGAUAGUGAUGGCCGACAAGCGCUAUCGCUUGCCAGCCGAGAUUGACUGGCUGCAGCCCACCGAAGGCGGUGAUAAAAACUACGACGAAUACAUGAACCAGGAGUUCGGACAGGAGCAGAUGUACAUCCAGGAGGACUACUGACCUGCUCCGGAUGGUUCGCCCGUUAGAAGCCGGCGUCAUCUGCGCCUUCGUGAAUCGCCUGUAAAUAACGUUUAGUGAAAAUGUACACCGCGGAAAUUCGCGAAACGAAACGUCGGCGGUUACCGCCGGGUGCGCAUUUUUGUGUGUGUGUGCGCACGCGAUGAUUUUCACAAGCCAAAUGAAAGCGAGUCAGUGAACUCGCGGGCUUGAAACUUCAUUCGUUUUUCAUUGUUUAUUUCUGGUGGUCAUUGCGCUUCGAAUUCUAUUUAAUUGUAAUCGACGAUCGGUUAUCUAUAUAGCGAGAAAGCACGACGGUGCGUUCAUUAAGCACGCCGUGAGGCACUCAUUGGAGUGAGUAGUGGAACGCGUUCAGCAAAAUGUAUCGAAAUCAAGCCGAAGUGUACCUGGAACGUUUGUUGUGCACUUAUGACGUUUUCUAAACGAAACCUGUCUGAUUUAGCCGACCGCCGCUGUUAACCUGCUGGCUUGCCCAGUAGCUUUUUCGUUUUUCAUUGUUUAUUUCUGGUGGUCAUUGCGCUUCGAAUUCUAUUUAAUUGUAAUCGACGAUCGGUUAUCUAUAUAGCGAGAAAGCACGACGGUGCGUUCAUUAAGCACGCCGUGAGGCACUCAUUGGAGUGAGUAGUGGAACGCGUUCAGCAAAAUGUAUCGAAAUAAAGCCGAAGUGUACCUGGAA